ACUAUGAUGUGGGUUCCAUGGAACGGAGGAGAGCGGGUGAGGUGGAGAACACUGUGCUGUCUGAAGACACAGACUGUGAUGGUUCAUCUCUACCAGAGGACUCUCCUGAGGUAGGUACAUACUUGGUGAAGAACAGUGCUCUGAGGAGGCUCUGCCUCUAAGGCGGGGCUAUUCAAUUCCAGUCCUGGGGGGCCAAAACACUUCUGUAUUUUGUUUGAACCUUGAAGUUAAUUGCAUUCACAUCUGAGUUUCUGUGUUGUGUGUGAAAUUCCAGACUUCCCGGAAAGCCAUUUGUAAAGAGGAAAGUGUAGACGACCCACUGAAUGAGAGGUAAGGGGGCCUCCAGUAUUAAUUUAUAUUCCAGAAUACUGUGACUGAAUGCAACCAGAGGACAUUGAAAAAUAUAUAUAUAUUUUUUUUUUCACGUGUUCCCAGCUACCUGCAAAAGACUUCAGAGCAGCCAGAGGAAGAUGAGAUAACGUGGGGAAGUGACGAGCUGCCAAUAGAGAACAUGAACUCCAAAUGCACUGACGGUAAGCUGCCUAUAGAGACAAUGAACCGCACCCAACCACUCAACCUCACCAAUUUCCAUCCCUUUGCCUGACCUUAAAGGGAUAGUUCAGGAUAUUUUAUUUCAGAUGAACUCGUGGAUUUUUAUGUCUCUGAAGGAAGUUAGAGGUAGGUUUGCGAGCCAAUGCUAACUAGUGUUAACGCAAUGACUGGAAGUCUACAGGAACAGCUAGCAUGGUAGAAGUUCCUGUGACUUCCAGUCAUUGCGCUAACGCUAGUUAGUAUUGGCUCGCAAAACUGCUGCACCUCUAAACUACGGCAGACUGGAGGGUGGCAGGUCGCCUAGCAGUUAAGAGCAUUGGGCCAGUAACCGAAAGGUCGCUGGUUCGAAUCAUUGAGCCGACUAGGUGGCACUUAACCCGAAUUGCACCUGUAAGUUGCUCUGGAUAAGAGUGUCUGCUAAAUGACUAAAAUGUAAUGUAAAUAAAUGUACAUCCUCCUCCAAAUGUAAAAUGUAAUGGAUUUUCAUGAGUGAGUGGUAAUUGAAGUCUCUGUAGUAACAUUAUCCUUCCCUCCUCCUCAGACGGGCCCAUCAUCACAGAAGAUGAGCUGACGUCUCUGCCCCUGGUGAAGGUGGUCCCUAACGGGCAGUACACUGGGCCCAAACUCAACACCGUGGUACGCAUGCUGCGGGGCCUGCUCAAACAGAAGAUCCCUUUGCAGGAGUUUGAGGUACGUACAGUCUGUUUCCCUUUUCGAUCUAGAGAAGUAUGGAAACAUUAAACAAUGUCAACUUAUCCCCUCUUCAUGUUUUUUAUAGUUUAGUUUAUUAGGAUCCCCAUUAGCUACUGCAGAUGCAGUACCUACUCUUCCUGGGGUCCACAUAAAACAAAUACAUUACAAAGUUCAGAACCGUAAUAGACAAGAACAACAUAAGAUAUUACAUUAAAUUCAAAAUACAAUUUAAAUAAGUUAUAUAUAGGAAAGACACCAAAAGACACCAAAAAUACGAUUUACACACUUCAUAUAUACAUAUUCAUAUUCUUAUAUACCGUACAGUUAAAUUAGAUUUUUAGAAAGAGGAGAGGCACUGUUAUACACUGCUUUUUUAUCUAUUUUUUAAAGCUUAACUUGCUUUCUGCCUGAGUAACCUCUGGUGGCAGAGCAUUCCACGAUGGCAUGGCUCUAUUCAUAACUGAGUAACGCAUUAAAUCUGUUUUUGGUUUGGGUACCGUGAAGAAACCCAUAGUGCCGUGUCUGGUGGGGUAUGUAUGUCUGUUUGAAGUGUAUGCAAAUAGAUUAUCCAAGUGGUUAGGCAUUUUCAACACACAAAUGUUUUUAAAAAGACUAGAAGAGAAGUAGUCUUUUUCUCCUCAACCCUCAACCAUGAAAGAAUAUUAUGCAUGUUGUUGAUGUUAGUUCUGUGUGUGCAGUUAAGGGCAAGUCAUGCUGAUUUGUUUUGAGCCAGCUGCAGCUUUGCUAGGUCUUUCUUCGCUGCAACUGAUCAUAUUACCAGACAGUAAUCAAGAUGGGACAAGAUCUAAGCCUGAACAACUAGUACAGUUGAUGUUUUGUGUCAUCUUUUUAUAACAUACAUACCUCUCCCCAUUUUCACAACAACUUUGUCAAUAUGACUUGACCAUGAUAACUGACCCUCCAAUGUUACUCCUAGGAGUUCAGCUUGUUCAACUUGUUCAAUGGUCACACCCACAACUCCAAAUUAGGUUUAGGUCUAAGAGAAUGAUUUGAACCAAAUACAAUGCUUUUGGUUUUAGACGUAUUUAAGAGCAGUUUAUUGUUAAUUACCCAUUCUGACACUGACUGUAACUCCUUGCUAAGAGUCUCAGUGAGCUCACUGGCUGUAGGUGCUGAUGUGUAGAGUGUGCAAUCAUCAGCAUAUAUAGUCAUUUUAGCUUCUUGUAAGACAAGUGGCAAAUCAUUUGUAGAAAUAGAGAAGAGUAACGGCCCAAGGCAACUUCCCUGAGGGAUACCGCACUGUACAUAUCUGAUGUUAGAGAAGCUUCUAUUGGAUAAGUAACUCUCCAACCAUGUGAUGGCAGGUUAUGUAAAGCCAUAACAAGUGAGUUUUUUUUAUAACAAAUUAUGAUCAAUAACAUCAAAGGCUGCACUGAACUCUAGCAACACAGCUCCAACUAUCAUCUUAUUAUCCAUUUAUUUUAGCCAGUCAUCAGUCAUCUGAGUCAGUGCAGUACAAGUUGAGUGCCCUUCUCUAUAUGCAUGCUGAAAGUCAGUAGUUAACCUGAUCUCUCCAUCAUUUACUAAGAACAGGCAGCAAACUUAUUGGGCAGCUGUUAGAGCCAGCAAAGGGUGCUUUACUAUUUUAAGGUAGUGGAAUUACUCUAGCUUCCUUCCACGCCUGUGGGUACAUACUCCUUUAGACUUUUCUUAAAGACAUGGCAAAUAGGGGUGGCAAUAGUCUGCUACCAUUCUCAAUAGUUUCCCAUCUAGGUUGUCUAUACCUGGUAAGUAGCCUAGUAAGUAUUUGUAUUUGUAUUUAUUAUGGAUCAACAUUAGCUGCUGCCAAGGCGACAUUAAGGCAGUUAUACCAUUUUAAAACCAUUAUGAUAUAUUCACAACAGAUUUCACAACACAUUAAGUGUGUGCCCUCAGGCCCCUACUUUACUACCACAUAUCUACAACACAAAAUCCAUGUGUACGUGUGUGUAUGUUAUUGUGUGUUUGUAUGCAUGUGUCUGUGCCUAUGUUUGUGUUGCUUCACAGUCCCCGCUGGUCCAUAAGGUGUAUUUCUAUCUGUUUAUUGAAGUCUAAUUUUACUACUUGCAUGAAUAACUUGAUGUGGAAUAGAGUUCCAUGUAGUAAUGGCUAUAUGUACUACUGUGCGCCUUCCAUAGUCUGUUCUGGACUUGGGACUAUGAAGAGACCUCUGGUGGCAUGUCUUGUGGGGUAUGCAUGGGUUUCUGAGCUCUGUGCCAGUAGUUCAAACAGACAGCUUGGUGCAUUCAACAUGUCAAUACCUCUCACAAAUACAAGUAGUGAUGAAGUCAAUCAAGUACUGAUGUUUGCUCUCUGUGUACAUCCAAGGGCCAGCCGUGCUGCCCUGUUCUGAGCCUAUUGCAAUUUUCCUAAGUCCCUCUUUGUGGAACCAACGACUGAACAGUAGUCCAGGUGCGACAACACUAGGGCAUGUAGGACCUGCCUUGUUGAUAGUGCUGUUAAAAGGCAGAGCAGCACUUUGUUAUGUACAGACCACUCACCAUCCUAGUUACUGUUGUAUCAAUAUGUUUUGACCAUGACAGUUUACAGUCCAGGUUUACUCCAAGCAGUUUAGACACCUCCACUUUUCCACAUUAUUCAUUACAAGAUUUCAAAUCAAAUCAAAUCAAAUUUUAUUGGUCACAUGCGCCGAAUACAACAGGUGCAGACAUUGCAGUGAAAUGCUUACUUACAGCCCUUAACCAACAGUGCAUUUAUUUUAAACAAAAAAAGUAAGAAUAAAACAACAACAAAAAAAAGUGUUGAGAAAAAAAGAGCAGAAGUAAAAUAAAGUGACAGUAGGGAGGCUAUAUAUACAGUAAAAUAAAGUGACAGUAGGGAGGCUAUAUAUACAGGGGGGUACCGUUGCAGAGUCAAUUUGCGGGGGCACCGGCUAGUUGAGGUAGUUGAGGUAAUAUGUACAUGUGGGUAGAGUUAAAGUGACUAUGCAUAAAUACUUAACAGAGUAGCAGCAGCGUAAAAAGGAUGGGGUGGGGGGGGCAGUGCAAAUAGUCUGGGUAGCCAUGAUUAGCUGUUCAGGAGUCUUAUGGCUUGGGGGUAGAAGCUGUUGAGAAGUCUUUUGGACCUAGACUUGGCACUCCGGUACCGCUUGCCGUGCGGUAGCAGAGAGAACAGUCUAUGACUAGGGUGGCUGGAGUCUUUGACAAUUUUGAGGGCCUUCCUCUGACACCGCCUGGUAUAGAGGUCCUGGAUGGCAGGGAGCUUUGCCCCAGUGAUGUACUGGGCCGUACGCACUACCCUCUGUAGUGCCUUGCGGUCAGAGGCCAAGCAGUUGCCAUACCAGGCGGUGAUGCAACCAGUCAGGAUGCUCUCGAUGGUGCAGCUGUAGAAUUUUUUGAGGAUCUGAGGACCCAUGCCAAAUCUUUUUAGUCUCCUGAGGGGGAAUAGGCUUUGUCGUGCCCUCUUCGAUUUAGUUGAGGUUAAGGGUUUAGUGAAUGAUUUGUCCCAAAUACAAUGCUUUUAGUUUUUGAAAUAUUUAGGACUAACUUAUUCCUUGCCACCCAUUCUGAAACUAACUGCAGCUCUUUGUUAAGUGUUGCAGUCAUUUCAGUCGCUGUAGUAGCUGACAUGUAUAGUGUUGAGUCAUCUGCAUACAUAGACACUCUGGCUUUACUCAAAGCAUGGCAUGUCGUUAGUAAAGAUUGAAAAAGGUAAGGUGCCUAGACAGCUGCCCUGGGGAAUUCCUGAUUCUACAUGGAUUAUGUUGGAGAGGCUUCCAUUAAAGAACACUUUCUGUGUUCUGUUAGACAGGUAACUCUUGAUCCACAAUAUAGCAGGGGGUGUAAAGCCAUAACACAGUAGUUCUUCCAUCAGCAGACUAUGAUCGAUAAUGUUAAAAGCCACACUGAAGUCUAACAAAACAGCCCCCACAAUCUUUUUAUCAUCGAUUUCUCUCAACCAAUCAUCAGUCUUUUUUUUACCCUGUUUUCUCACCAAUUGGUAGUUAAAGUAUUAUCCCAUCGCUGCAACUAGCCUAUGGACUCGGGAGAGGCAAAGGUUGAGAGCCGUGCGUCCUGUGAAACACGACCCUGCCAAGCUGCACUGCUUCUUCACACAUUGCUCGCUUAACCCGGAAGCCAGCCGCACCAAACUGUCGACCAGCGUCAGCUUGCAGGCACCCAGCCCGCCACCAGGAGUCGCUAGAGCGCAAUGGGACAAGGAUAUCCUGGCCUGCCAAACCCUCCCCUAACCUUGAUGACGCUGGGCCAAUUGUGCACCGCCUCAUGGGUCUCCCGGUCACGGCCGGCUGUGACAUAGCCUGGGAUCGAACCCAGGUCUGUAGUGACGCCUCAAGGAAUAUGAUGCAGAGCCUUAGACCACUGCGCCACUCGGGAGGCCCUCCCAUCAGUCAUUUGUGCAAGUGCUGUGCUUGUUGAAUGUCCUUCCCUAUAAGCGUGCUGAAAGUCUGUUGUCAAUUUCUUUACUGUAAAAUAGCAUUGUAUCUGGUCAAACACAAUUUUUUCCAAAAGUUGACUAAGGGUUGGUAACAGGCUGAUUGGUUGGCUAUUUGGGUCAGUAAAGGGGGCUUUACUAUUCUUAGGUAGUGGAAAUACUUUUGCUUCCCUCCAGGCCUGAGGGCACACACUUUCUAGUAGGCUUAAAUUGAAGAUAUGAGUGGCAUUAUCAUCCGCUAUUAUUGUCAGUAAUUUUCCAUCCAAGUUGUCAGACCCCGGUGGCUUUUCAUUGUUGAUAGACAACAAUAUUUUUUUCACUUCUUUCACAGUCACUUUACGGUUUCAAAAUUACAAUGCUUUCAUAAUUUGGUCAGAUAUACUUGGAUGUGUAGUGUCAGCGUUUGUUGCUGGCAUGUCAUGCCUAAGUUUGCUAAUCUUGCCAAUGAAAAAAUCAUUAAAGUAGUUGGCCAUAUCUUUGUGUUUUGUGAUGAAUGAGACAUCUGAUUCAAUGAAUGACGGAGCUGAGUUUGCCUUUUUGCCCAAUUUUUAUUUAUUUAAGGUGCUCCAAAGCUUUUUACUAUCAUUCUUUAUGUCAUUUAUCUUUGUUUCAUAGUGUAGUUUCUUCUUCUUUUUAUUCCGUUUAGUCAUAUGAUUUCUCAAUUUGCAGUACGUUUGCCAAUCGGUUGUGCAGCCAGACUUAUUUGCCAUUCCUUUUGCCUCAUCCCUCUCAACCAUACCGUUUGUCAAUUCCUCAUCAAUCCACAGUGAUUUAACAGUUUUUACAUUCUUUCUUAAUGGGUGCAUGCUUAUCAUUAACUGGGAUAAGCAAUUUCAUAAAUGUGUCAAGUGCAGUGUCUGGUUGCUCCUCAUUACACACCACGGACCAACAAAUAUUAUUUACAUCAACAACAUCGGAAUCACUACAAAACUUAUUGUAUGACCUCUUAUACACUAUAUUAGGCCCAGCCUUUGGAACUUUGGUUUCCCUAGAUAUGGCUACUUUAUUGUGAUCACUACAUCGAUGGAUUUGGAUACUGCUUUAAAGCAAAUUUUGGCAGCAUUAGUAAAGAUUUGAUCAAUACAUGUUGAUGAUUUCAUUCCUGUGCUGUUUGUAACUACCCUGGUAGGUUGACUGAACCUGAACUAGGUUACAGGCACUGGUUACAGUUUGAAGCUUUCUCUUGAGUGGGCACCCAGAAAAUAUACCUCUCUGUUGAUAUCACAUACAUUAUCAAUAAUUUCUCACAUGUUAUCCAGAUACCGACUGUUAACACUUGGUGGUCUAUGGCAGCUUCCCACCAGAAUGGGCUUUAGGUGAGGCAGAUGAACCUGUAGCCAUAUUACUUCAACAGUAUUUAACCUGAGAUCCUCUCUAAUAUUUACAGAAAUAUAAACGGCCACACCUCCACCUUUGGCAUUUCUGUAUUUUCUGUAGAUCUUGUUACCAUUUAUUGCUACCACCGUAUCAUCAAAGGUGUAUUAUCUAAGUGAGUUUCAGAGAUUUUCAGAAUAUGGAUGUCAUCUGUUACUAGCAAAUUAUUGAUUUCAUGAACCUUGUUUCUUAAGCUACAUAUGUUAACAGGGACUAUUUUUAGCACUUUUCUGGGAUGCUUGAUUGUUUUUAUUGCUUUACUGGGAAGCUUAGCAGAGGUAGACAUGCUCAUGUUAUUUAUGUUAGUGCAGGGUGAGCUGCACACAGUGGACUUCCUACUAGGGCACACUGCCUCAGUGCUAACAGUAUCACUCUGGUUCAUAGGUACAUGGUUACUGCAUACAAUAGCUGUGGGAUCAGCAGAGGCAUUCAGGGCAGUAAGAGGGACAUAAAUUAGAUUACUUACAUUGUGUCUUCCAACGCCCCUGGAAUAAUGUACAUUUUCUAAAGCAUUAUGACAACUCAUCGACACAAUGGUACGGAUUAAAUGAGCUGGGCUUGGGUAAUUGAUAAGUAAUUGUCUCAACGCAGCCUUAAAAUGCUGUGAAAGAAUCCAGGAACCCAAAAGAUUUGGGUGGAUCCCAACCUCCUUAUAAAACAAUCUUUGUUUCCAGAAGGUAUCAAAAUUGUCAAUAACAGUUACACCCACAGAGCUGCAAUAGUCUCGUAGCCAGUUAUGGAGGGCUAAAAGUCUGCUGAACCAUGCAAUGCCACGAUUUGGGUAGGGCAGAGGGACAGUUAUUAUGGGGCAUUUAUUGGUGUCAAGUAGUGACCCAAUUAGUUCUUUAAAAUCCAUCUUCAGCUGCAUGAACUAUGAUAGACUCAAUUUCCUGAUGCUGGUUUAAAAUGAUUGGGAGCAGCUUAUUGAUGUCAUGUACUCAUGCUCCUGGAUAGCACAAUGUUUUUUGCUCCAGGGACUGAGACAUUUCUCACCAUUUAACUGCCCAAUACAAAUGCCGGAGAAGGGAAUGGAGAAAUCCGCCCAUUCCCACCCCUCUCACAAUUAGUUGAGCCUUUCAUGGGCCCACGAGAAGCAGGAUAGUGUAUGCCCUCUGCUCCCGGCGAUAGGGUCCAAACCUCCCACAGCCUUGCAUGAGUAGCCUUGCACUAGCCUUGGUGGCUUAUCAGUAUUGAUGGAUAUCAACCAUUUUUCCCCCUCUUCCACACAAACUUGACCAAAUUCAAAACGGCAAUCCUUCUCUUUCAUUAUUAGAUCUUCAAUACACACAAAUGAUGGUUCACUGAAUUGAUCCAAGGGCCAGUUGCCCAUCCCUGACAUACAUCAACACCUCCCCGUAGACAUUCCUGUCUUUUAUAUAGAUAAUAUAUCCUUGUAUUCCUACUGCUGGAUCAUCAAAUGUGCUGUCUAAGUGAGUCUCAGAAAUGGCUAAUAUAUUAAGAUUAUCUAAAAUUAGCAAAUUACUAAUCUCAUGAACUUUGUUUCUGAGGCUACAUAUAUUUAUUUAUAUGAGCUAACUUUAACUUUUCCUGGGUAGCUUAUAUAAAACUGAACUCAUAAUGAUAAUCGGUCUUAUUUCUAAUAAUUCAAUUUCUGAUAAUAACAAAGAAGAAAUUAAUGGAUUUUUGAACAGAUGAUGUACAGCAGAUUUAGCUCGGCUGCUGCAGGGUGCUUUAUUCAUUGUGCCACUUCUGCUUAGCUGCCUUGCUGGACUGUUGGUCUAUUCUGAUUGGGGUGUUGUCCACUCUGGAAGGGACCCGAGGUUGUAGGGUGGAGCUGGCCUCUCUGGAAGGGGCCUGAUGGUGUAGGUUGGCGCUGGCCUCUCUGGAUGGGGCCCGAUGUUGUAGGGUGGAGCUGGCCUCUCUGAAAGGGAAUCGAUGGUGUAAGGUGGAGCUGGCCUCUCUGGAAAGGGCCUGAUGGUGUAGGGUGGAGCUGGCCUCUCUGGAAGGGGCCUGAUGGUGUAGGGUGGAGCUGGCCUCUCUGGAUGGGGCCCGAUGUUGUAGGGUGGAGCUGGCCUCUCUGAAAGGGAAUCGAUGGUGUAAGGUGGAGCUGGCCUCUCUGGAAAGGGCCUGAUGGUGUAGGGUGGAGCUGGCCUCUCUGGAAGGGGCCCGAUGUUGUAGGGUGGAGCUAGACUCUCUGGAUGGGGCCCGAUGUUGUAGGGUGGAGCUGGCCUCUCUGAAAGGGAAUCGAUGGUGUAAGGUGGAGCUGGCCUCUCUGGAAAGGGCCCGAUGGUGUAGGGUGGAGCUGGCCUCUCUGGAAGGGGCCCGAUGUUGUAGGGUGGAGCUGGCCUCUCUGGAUGGGGCCUGGUGGUGCAGGGUGGUGUUGGCCUGUAUUUAGCUCUAAAGGGGAUAAGCUUUACUGUAUAGCUUGCAUCGUUAUUAUCUGCAGACUGUUAUGGCUACUGCCAUUUGAAGUUUUACUUUAUUAAUUCUUGCUUACAGAAAUGCAGAAUUUACAUCAUUCAUAAUUGCAUAGAAUAUAGCAUAAGAAGACUCUCAGAUACAUAAUACAUGGCAUAAAUAUAAUAGAUACAUAAUACAAUACAUUUAUUUUCUUGAAAAACUGUAUUGGUAAAAAUGUAUUGGUAAAAAAGACUAUUUACUUGUGUCCAUGGGACUGAGAUUUAAGGCAGAUUUAUGCUUCUCUCAACAGAAUCUGCAGAACCUUCAGCCGCUGGAUGACUGUCUAAUUGGCCAGACAAAGGAAAAUAAUAAGAAGAAUCGCUACAAGAACAUUGUCCCCUGUAAGUGUACAAUGUAGAUAAAAUGUCUCAACGAAAUAGCAUUAUCACUGAGAAGUGAUACCUGUGGCUAUAGCAUCUCAAACGCAUGAAUAUUUCUCUGCAUCUACUUCAACUAUAACCCAAUGCAGUAUAUAACAAGCUGAAUAAAACAUUCUCCUCUGUUUUCUCUCUUGUUUCUCCAGUUGACACCACUAGAGUGAUCCUGGGUAAAGAUGGUGGCUACAUAAACGCUAACUUUAUCAACAUGCCAGUGAAAGAUGAGAACUUCAUGUACAUCGCUUGUCAAGGACCCCUACCCACCACUCUGGGUGACUUCUGGCAGAUGGUCUGGGAGCAGAAAUCCAAGGUCAUCGCCAUGAUGACCCAGGACGUGGAAAGGGGAAAGGUCAAAUGUCAACGGUACUGGCCCAACACCCCGCGGAUGGCUGAUAUGGUGGGCGAACGCCUGCAGAUCACCCUGGUCAAGGAUCAGCACCUGGACAACUUUGUUAUACGUCUCAUCGAGGUCAAAGAUAUCCAGGUGAGAUUUGAAUGUACAGUAUAAGGAGAAGAGUAAUGGUCCCAGAGCAGAGCCUUGCAGGUCACCAUACUUAACCGUGAAUUUAUUUAUUUUGAUGUCAUUGUACUUCAUUACCAAGUAAAGUAUGAAGAAAAUAAAUAAAAAUAAAUGUACGCACUCACUAACUGUCGCUCUGGAUAAGAGCGUCUGCUAAAUGACUAAAAUGUAAAAAAAUUAAAUGUAAAGGACAGGACACACCCCAGAAAGAAAGCUAGUUGAUUAUUUCAUUUAAUAAGGUUAAACAAACAGAAGCCAGUCCAGGGACGAUUAUUGUUUUUUAAUGAGCAUGGCCUUAUUUCUAUUACAGUAUAUUGGAUGACUGUCAUUCAUAUUCCAUUCACCCAGCUCAAUGUUACAUCGAUAGGUUUAGGCUACUACAUGUCACUCGAAUUUUCCCUACAUAAUACCCAUCAUGCGGUUGCUACAACCUAGCCUACAAAUUAAAGUUUAUAAUGUAGGUGCACAGGUCGAGAGACAAUUUGGAGUAAUCAAGGUGACAGACAGUGACACAUUCAAUACCACCUUGCACACACUUGCCUGCAUCUAGCUGAUCUUGGGUGUAAUCAUUAGUACAAACAGUUGCAAAACGUUCCUCUGGAAAUCGUCAUAAUUACUGUGUAAGUUUAUGGGGGGUGAGAACUAUGAGCCUCCUCGGUUUUGUACUGAAGUCAAUGUACCCAUAGGAGGAUGGAAAAUAGCUGUCCUCCGGCUACACCAUGGUGCUACCCUAGAGGGUGCUGUUGAGGCUACUGUAGACCUUCAUUGCAAAAUAAUGUGUUUUAAUCAGUUAUUUAGUGAUGUUAAUAUAUUUAGUAUAGUUUUAUCUAAAAAGGAUUAUUUAAUGUUUCACAAUUUUUUUUAAAAUUAAAUUCACUGAGUAGGAUGGUCCUCCCCUUCCACCUCUGAGGAGCAUCACUGAUUUGGAUCCUGUGUAAGGCAUGAAGUGCAGCAGAGUGAUACUGCCUAUUCCAUUUGCUCUUCUCCUAUUCUAGACUGAAGAGAUUCAACACGUCACCCACCUGAACUACACUGGUUGGCCAGACUACGGAACCCCCUCGCAGCCCUCGCAGCUGCUGACAUUUAUAUCCUACAUGAGGCACAUCCACCAAUCAGGAGCCAUUAUCACGCACUGCAGUGCAGGCAUUGGCCGUUCCGGAACCCUCAUUUGCAUAGACGUGGUACUAGGCCUCAUCAGUAAAUAUGCUGACGUAAGUAUGAUGACAAUGUUGUAGCUAUAGAGAGAUAUAAUACAAUAUAAUGUUAUAGAUUUAAUCUGUGGGUAUUGCUUUUUCUACUGUUUGCAAAAAAUCCAACUGUAUAUCUUGUUUCUGAGGGAUUGAAGUUUAAAAGAUUUCUGUUUUAGUUUGAUAUUUCAGAUGUGGUACGUAACAUGAGGCUGCAGAGACAAGGAAUGGUACAAACAGAGGUACAUUGACCAAUUUGACGCAAUCUAUUAAUUUAUAUGAUCAAUGCUUGAUGUUGAUAAUCGCUUUAUAAAGCGAGUCUGAACAUAGCAUGUUAGCGUUUUUUUCGUCAUGAAUCUGGAGCCAGCUCUGCAGACUGGUCACUAUCUGGCACAGCUACAAAGUAAUCAAAUCUGAUUUUAAACCUAACCUUAACCCUAACCACACUGCUUAACAAAGACCAAAAAGUAUAUUUUUGUUUUCAUGGAUUUUGACAAUAUAGCCAAUUUUGACUUUGCAGCUGCCUAUCUAGCGGAAAUCACACAGUUCUGUCUCCAGGCCAAGACUCAUCCCAAUAAAUGUCAACCUACCUGUACAUAACAGUAAUUGUAACUGACACAUUCUCUCCCAUUGUGUUUCGGCCACACAGGAACAAUAUAUAUUCUGCUAUCAAAUGAUCUUAUACGUGUUGCGAUGUCUUCAAGCAGAGGAGAACAUCUCAGGAUAGCAACCUUUAAAGUCACAAUGCUGCACAAUAAUAUAAUCUCCAGCUGGUGAGAGCAGAACAAUGAUGGAGAUUGGAGAGUUCACACACGACCUUUAAGACAGAACAGAACCAAGCAGUUGUUGCUGUGGGUUUACAAACCACUGCUCAUCGUUCAAUAAUUGCCAUAAAACAUUUUGGACUAGUUUCCUGGAUCCAGAUUAAGCCUAUUCCUGGACUAAAAAGCAUGUUCAAUGAAAGCGUUCCAUUGAAAGUGCUUCAGUCCAGGGCAAGGCUUAAUAUGUGUCCAGGAAACCAUCCUCUUGUUUCAUGAAAGUAAAUCUUACAGGAGUUUAUUUGAGUUUUCUUUGGCUGCUACCCCUUCUCUUAAUGCAUACACAAGAAUGAACGGUUGAUUUGAUGUCUUAUCUACAUGAAAACAAUGCUUUUUAUAGAAUCAAGAAUAUUAUGAAAUAACUAUGAAAGUUGAUUAAUGAAUUCAUAUUUUAAAUGUGGAACAAAAUGUGUAUUUUAAAGCUAUUUUGAUGCUGGAAGUUGCCUUGACAGAAUACGACGACAGUAUUUGCAUUGUAGAUCUUAUUAUUACGGUAAUUGCUGACUGCUGCCAGUGGUAAUCAAUGACAUUAUUAAAGCGUACAUAUUAAUCUCUUGAGAACUGUGGAUAAGUUUUAAUGUUACAACAUGAACAUUUUCCAUUUGUAAAUAAAAGAGUCAAACGUUUACAUUUUGGUACUUUAUUUAAACGCAGAUGCUAUUGCCACUAAUAAUGCAAUUGCCACAAAAGAGUAUGCCAUUUGAAACACUGUUAUUGAUCAUUAUCACACUGAAUGCAACCUUCCCCUUGGGUUAGGGAUAUUUUGAAGAUAUGGAAAUGGCAUAUUCAUUUCUGAAAUUAAGAAAGAUUUACUAUGGCAUCUGUGGAAAUUCAGCAUCACUGCUACGCCCAGAGGUCCAUGUGAUCCAUAUCAGAAAUGUGUUCCCAUUUGACUAAAUGUCAUGGUAUCAAACAUCUUGGUUGUAGCAUAAUUGAAGAUUAGUAUUGGUUUCAUUCAACAGUUAAAAGGAACCAAAUGUGAAGGGUUAAACCUAACCCAGGUUAUUGGUCCCUGGUCAUCAAGGAUAUGAGGAUUUAGCCCAAAUUGUGUAAAGUAACUUGACAUCAAUGUCAGAUACCAUAAACGUCAAAUAUGCACAUGGAUCUCAAGUCAAUCCUGCCCCAAAUGCAGAUUACUAUGGCUGGCGAUCUUCUUCCCUAUUUGAGGUUAAGCCAAGGAGCAUGUUCAGUCUUUCAAGAGAAGUAUCAAUACGGUCUGAUGCACUUAAAAGGUUGGUUGUAGAUACGGCUGUUGGGUUGACCAUAUUACCGCCACACCGCAGUAAAAUUCUAUGUGUUGAGUCACGGUAAUCGCCUUUGAUGCACUCUGGACAUGUUAGUGUUAGUAGUACCCAACUCGCUAAUGAUCAUCAGGUCGCUAAUGGCCUGGUACUCAGGGCUCUGUUGUCCCUCUAACCACUCUGACAUCAAUGCAAAUGCAAUCAAAAAGAGAGAGUGUGAACUGCUAUUAAGUCACUGUGGAGAGCAGAAAUGAUUCUCUACAAAAUAACAUCAGUCCUGACACAGCACACAAGCUGGGAGGAGAGUAGUCUGAUUAAUCAGGCUGUAAUACACAAUUAAUUGUUACGGUGCCUUGCAAAAGUAUUCAGCCCCCUUGGCGUUUUUCCUAUUUUGUUGCAUUACAACCUGUAAUUAAAAUUGAUUUUUAUUUGGAUUUCAUGUAAUGGACAAAAUUGUCCAAAUUGGUGAAGUGAAAUGAAAAAAAAUAACUUGUUUAAAAGAAUUCACAAAAAUAAAUAACGGAAAAGUUGUGCGUGCAUAUGUAUUCACCCCCUUUGCUAUGAAGCCCCUAAAUAAGAUAUUGUGCAACCAAUUACCUUCAGAAGUCACAUAAUUAGUUAAAUAAAGUCCACCUGUGUGCAAUCUAAGUGUCACAUGAUCUGUCACAUGAUGUCAGUAUAUAUACACCUGUUCUGAAAGACCCCAGAGUCUGCAACACCACUAAGCUAGCGGCACCAUGAAGACCAAGGAGCUCUCAAAACAGGUCAGGGACAAAGUUGUGGAGAAGUACAGAUCAGGGUUGGGUUAUAAAAAACAUAUCCAAAACUGAACAUCCCACGGAGCACCAUUAAAUCCAUUAUUAAAAAAUUGAAAGAAUAUGGCAACACAACAAACCUGCCAAGAGAGGGCCACCCACCAAAACUCACGGACCAGGCAAGGAGGGCAUUAAUCAGAGAGGCAACAACAAGACCAAAGAUAACCCUGAAGGAGCUGCAAAGCUCCACAGCGGAGAUUGGAGUAUCUGUCCAUAGGACCACCUUAAGCCGUACACUCCACAGAGCUGGGCUUUAUGAAAGAGUGGCCAGAAAAAAGCCAUUGCUUAAAGAAAAAUAUAAGCAAACACAUUUGGUGUUCACCAAAAGGCAUGUGGGAGACUUCCCAAACAUAUGGAAGAAGGUACUCUGGUCAGAUGAGAUUAAAAUUGAGCUUUUUGGCCAUCAAGGAAAACGCUAUGUCUGGCGCAAACCCAACACCUCUCAUCACCCCGAGAACACCAUCCCCACAGUGAAACAUGGUGGUGGCAGCAUCAUGCUGUGGGGAUGUUUUUCAUCGGCAGGGACUGGGAAACUGGUCAGAAUUGAAGGAAUGAUGGAUGGCGCUAAAUACAAGGAAAUUCUUGAGGGAAACCUGUUUCAGUCUUCCAGAGAUUUGAGACUGGGACGGUGGUUCACCUUCCAGCAGGACAAUGACCCUAAGCAUACUGCUAAAGCAACACUCGAGUGGUUUAAGGGGAAACAUUUAAAUGUCUUGGAAUGGCCUAGUCAAAGCCCAGACCACAAUCCAAUUGAGAAUCUGUGGUAUGACUUAAAGAUUGCUGUACACCAGCGGAACCCAUCCAACUUGAAGGAGCUGGAGCACUUUUGCCUUGAAGAAUGGGCAACAAUCCCAGUGGCUAGAUGGGCCAAGUUUAUAGAGACAUACCCCAGGAGACUUGCAGCUGUAAUUGCUGCAAAAGGUGGCUCCAAAAAGUAUUGAGGGGGGGGGGGGGGGGGGGGGGGGGGGGGGGGAAUAGUUAUGCACGCUCAAGUUUUCUUUUUUUUGGUCUUAUUUCUUGUUUGUUUCACCCCAAAAAAUAUUUUGCAUCUUCAAAGUGGUAGGCUUGUUGUGUAAAUCAAAUGAUACAAACCCCCCAAAAUCCAUUUUAAUUCCAGGUUGUAAGGCAACAAAAUAGGGAAAUGCCAAGGGGGUGAAUACAGCCUGAAGCUAAUGCCUGUUAAUCAGGGGAGGAUGGAGAACAAUCCACUUUAUUUUUUUGUAUUGAAAUUCAAAGAAAAAAUUGAAAAAUGCUCACAAAAAAAAAGUGUGGAUUGUCCUCCAUCCUCCCUUGAUUUUGAAUAUACCAUUUUCAUUGUCAUGGCAUGCUUGGUUAGCUAUUGACGAGAGAAUACCAAAUAUCCACUAUAAAACUAACUUUGCCACUGUACUGAACCGAACCAUAUUCUGUACCUACCGGCUCUUUAAAAAGUUGGGUAAACAAUACUUUCCUGUGGAUAUUUUGGCUCAAAUUAUUUGCCGUUGAAGGGCAAACCGCUCAGACAACCGGUAGAGUAAGUUUAAAUGUAAUUUUAUCCAACAUUCUAUCUUGUAAGGAACAUUUACACGAUUUUGCAGGCAUUAGUUUCAGGCUGUAUCAGUGGAGGCUCCUCAGAGGAGGAAGGGGAUGACCAUCCUCCUCAGUGAAUUUCAUAAAAAUUAGACUUAUACAGUAAUUAUGACAACUUCCAGAGGACGUCCUCAAACCUAUCAGAGCUCUUGCAGCAUGAACUCAAUCAAUGUCCACCCAAUCAAAGAAUCAGAUAAUAAAUCUAGUAAUGAAAGCAUACGCUACAGCUAGCUAGCUAGCACUGCAGAAAAUGUGGAGAGUAGUUGACUCAAAGAGAGAGAAAAACAAUAGUUGAACCAUUUUGAACAAAUCUUUUUUUUGUGCACCUACGUUGUAAACUUUCUUUCAUAGGCUAGGUUGUAGCAGCCUCAUGAUGGGUAUAGGGAAUAUUAGAGUGUCAUUUAGUAGCCUAAACCUAUCGAUGUUACAUUGAGCUGCGUGACUGGAAUAUGAAUGACAGUCAUCCAAUAAGCUGUAAUAGAAAUAAGGCCAUGCACAUCUUAAACGUCACCGACCGCCGCUGAGUGUACAAAACAUUAAGAACACCUUCCCAAUAUUGAGUUGCGCACCCAAACCCCCAGACUGUAGUGACGCCGCAACACUGCGAUGCAGGGCCUUAAACCACUGCGCCACUCGGGAGGUCCGUGGUGGACAAUUCUUGUGUCAUGACUGUCCACGAGAGUCCAAAUAGGUCAGAUCAGGUUUGCAAUGAAUAACUUCAAUCAGACCCCCUUUCACCCGCAGAGGGUGGGGAGGGAAGGACUAGUGGGGGUUAACAACCACUGAAACUCUAACACGUUCAAAAUCGAAUACUGGAACAAUAUUUCUAACGUAGAACGUGGGGAAAGGUCGGAGGCGAUCUAUGGAACACUAAUAUCAUUUUGUUUGUCAUUUUGUGAUGUCAUAAAAAAUGUUAUAAAGGAAAUACUGUAACUUGAAAAGUAUACCCAGUACAUAUUUGACGUUGCCAUACUAUGCGUUGUGCAUGUAAUAUGAAACAUGAUGAAAGUGUUUUUGUUAAGAGAGGGAUGUGAUUUGAGAAGUUAUAAGAGAUAAUUGUUUUUCAUAACUUUGCACAGUUAGUAGUCACCGCCUGAAGUGAGGUCAGAGAACGUGUCAGCCGGAACCGUCCCAGAGUGGAGGGGUUACAAAUUAAAGCCAUCCUGUUAUGCUACGCCCAUCACCCCACUGGGAAUCAUCGUUACGGCUGGCUAGCCUAUCUUCAAAGAAGCAUCUUCAAGAGCGAAUGGAAGGUAAAUCAACUCUGUAGUUCUGUUCAGGACUACACGACAAGUCGUCGGAGACCGGACAUCUACGAAGAAGAGAAUAACAGUAGAAUACUUGUUGGAACCUUUUUGGACAAUCAGAGCCUUACAAUCGUGCCGCGAGAAGGCCCAACUCCCUUUCCAGGGCGGUCCUGUCCACCGAGAGAGAUACAUGGCGUACCAGGCAUUUCACGUACAGUGGGGGAAAAAAGUAUUUAGUCAGCCACCAAUUGUGCAAGUUCUCCCACUUAAAAAGAUGAGAGAGGCCUGUAAUUUUCAUCAUAGGUACACGUCAACUAUGACAGACAAAUUGAGAAAACAUUUUCCAGAAAAUCACAUUGUAGGAUUUUUAAUGAAUUUAUUUGCAAAUUAUGGUGGAAAAUAAGUAUUUGGUCACCUACAAACAAGCAAGAUUUCUGGCUCUCACAGACCUGUAACUUCUUCUUUAAGAGGCUCCUCAGUCCUCCACUCGUUACCUGUAUUUAUGGCACCUGUUUGAACUUGUUAUCAGUAUAAAAGACACCUGUCCACAACCUCAAACUGUUAGGCAGCUCUCUCUCUGCUCUCCCCCUCCCCUCUGUAUGUUCUUGAUUGCAGGAGUGAAGUCUGGUGUGCGGGAGUCAGGGUUCCAGCUGCAGCUCAUUCACCAUAAUCACCUCAGCCUUAAAGACCCGGUCAAACUUGCCACUCAUCGUCAGAUCAUAGUCAAGACGACCAUGUUAGUCUCGCUGCCGACUCAACCUGCUAGUUUUCGCUCUUUAUGUUUUUGGCCUGUUCUAUUUACUUUUCUCCUGUGCCACAGAUUAUUGGAACCUGACUCCUGUCUCCGCUUCACUCCUGCCACCACCAUCCUUCCCAUACUGACUCCUUGACUUUACCUCCUACUCCGUACUACUAAAGGGCCAAAAACUGGCAGACUGAAAUCAGUGGGCCCGAAAUUAAGUCCCGCACUCCCAACCCCCUUUAAACGUUAAUGAAAAGGGAGGUUAAAAAACAGCGGGAAGGGGUGGCGGGUGUGGCUCAAUUAAAAGGUACUAACCUUGCCUGAAAAAAUUUUUGGGGAAACAGCUAACCACAUUGAAAAAGGGUUCCCGGAGUACCCCGCUACUAGCUAGUUUUUUGUUGGCCCAAAAAGUAGGGGUGGGCACCCUCGUUUUCCCGGGAGCCCGGGCCCGGAAUACGGGCCCUUAACCUAAAAUAAUUCCCAAACAAAACCGUAAAACCCCGGGGGAAACGACCAAAACCAACCACAAACCACCACAACUAAAUAUUCAAGGGUUUUUAAAUUUUUACUAAAAACACCAUAUAAGAAAAAGCUUACCUCCUCCCUAGAGAAAAAAAAAACCCACGUAUAGAUCCCCACGGGUAUAUGUUUUGGUUGAGAAAGGGGUUUUAUUUUUUUUGGAAGGGAAAUAUUUUAAAUUAAGGGUUUUAAACCUUUAGCCCUCCUUUGAAGAAUUUUUCCCCGAAUUGGGUUAAAAAAAAAUUGGGCCCCCCCCCCCGGGGGACGUUAGGGUUUUUUUAAAAACGUUAUGAGUCUAAAUUUGAGAGAAUUUUUUAAAACAUUUUUUAAAAAACUUUUGAGCCCCCGGGGGGGGGAAAACUUUUGGGGGGUAAAGAGAUGUUUUUGGUAAUGGUAAGAAAAAACUAAAAAUUUGGAAAUUUAAAAAAAAAGUGAAGAUAAAAAACUUCAAAGUGGGAUUUGGGUUCUAGGGUUUUGGGGUUUUUUGUGCUUUUUUUGUUCAGUUUUUACUUUUUUUGUCUGUUUUAAAAAAAAAAGGGGGGAACGCGGGGUCUGCCCUGUUUUUGGGCCCUUCAGGGGAAAAGUUGUUUGGGGGAGCCCCUCUCACCAUAAAAUGCACUGGUAAAAAUGAGCUCGCAUGUGGGGGAUUUUGGGAAAUUUAGAGUUCGCGGAUGAGUGGGGCCACCCCCUGCCCAGGGAGCUGCUUUUAAACUUAGAUUAAAAGCUGAAAAAAAAAGGGGGGGGAUUUUAAAUUAACACAAUAAAAAAGAUUUUUUUUGGGUUAAAAGUGGCUUGCUUUAUUAAAAACUAUUUAAAUGAGAUCCUUUUGAAUUUAUAAAUAAGAUUUUAAUUUUUAACGGAAAAAAAAUGAAAAAAAAAAAAACUAUAUAAAAUUUGCGCUAUUUAAAAUAUUCCUGAUUUAAAGGGUUUUUCCCUUUUUUCUUAGCGGGGAAUGGAACAUAGGUAUGUUUUAAAAAAAGGGUUUAUUUAGGGUUUUAAAAAAUUAACCCCCGGGGAGUGCAAAAAAGACAAAUUUCCUUUCUGUUUCUUUUUUUUUCUUCUGUGAUUUGAAAAAAAGGGGAAAGGAGGGGGAAAAAGGAGAGAGGGGGUUUGGGGCCCCAGUGCGGUCACGCGGAUAGCGUGUGCUGCCCCGGAUCCAGUCCAAAUUUAAAGGGCCCCUUUCCUUUUUCUAUCCCAAAUUUUACUUUUCCCUUUACGGGAUAUAAUAAUACAUUGUGAGCAUAGAAUUUUUCAUUUUGGACCAUUUGGGCGGGGGACUUGGCAACAACUGAUAAAUUUGAUGUAAUUGAAAAUUGCCUUGGGGUUUUUUGUCCCUUGAGUUGUUUUGAUUGAGUUGUUUUUGGAAAUCCACACGAGAUUUUUCCCUGAAAAAUUUUAAAUUUAAAUUGGGUGCUUUUAAAAGCAAGGGGUUUUUGGGGGGUUGCGGGAGUGGGCUGGUUUGCAGGUUUUUUGUUUGCUCUAAAUUUUGACUAUUUUUUCCCUUUUACUUUUCUUUAUCGGUUUGGGGUACAAAUUGCCACUAAUAAAAACUGGAAAAAAAAAUAAAAAAUAUAAAAAAAUAAAAAUUAAUCCAAAAAAAUAAAAAAUACAAAAAAAAAAAUUUAAUUAAGAAAGGGAUAAUAUAAUAAAAUGAUGAUAAGCUACAUGUUUAAAAGUUUUUUGGGUUUACAAAUUAAAUUUUGGUUUAAAAAAAAUUAAAAUAAUAAAAAAAAUUAAAAUAAAGGAAUAUAAAAGAGUUUUUUACAAGGGGGAAAAAAAGGAAAUAAAAAACUAUGAAAGAAAACUUUUCUUUUUGAUGUAGAAAAAAAUAGUAAUCCUUAUUUAAUGGUAUGGAAAGGGUUUUAUCUGGGAAAUGGAAAAAAACUUUUGGCCUGCCCUUGAAAAACCAUGGCCAGUGGAAGGGGAUCUUAACCCAAACGUAUAAAGGGAAAAAGCAAGUGUUUGUGUCCACAUAAAAGGGGCCGAUCAAAAAAAGGGGAAAAAAAGGGGAAAAAGAAAAAGAAAAGAGAAAAAGAGACGGGGGGGUUUUUUAAAUUUUUUAAAAGGGGGCCAAAAACGGAUAAAAGAAAAAAGGAACAGAGGGUAUAGAAAAAAUUUGGCAAAAAAAGGCAAAGGAAAACAGAAAAACAAAAGGCAGAAGUCAAAAAAAAACCCUUUCUCACAUAGGGGAUUCAGAAAAAGACCCCCCCCUUUCCCAAAAAGAAAAAGGGGUAGAUUUUAAAGGACGCCAACCCUAAAGUUUUCCAUGAUCAUUGGGGAGGGGGGUUUUUUGCAUCAGAGACGAAGAAUGAACAAAUAAUAAGAGGGGACAAGCAAAAGGAAACCACCAUAAAGAGGGAACCCAAACUCCAAAAAAAAGAUGAAAAUGACAUGUGGGGGAAAAAAGGGUAGAGUAAGGUUCGGGACAGGGAAAAUUUUAAAAGAUGAUGAAAAUGAUGAAAAGGUGAUUCAGAAUUGAUCUUUGGGUGGAUAGGGACCCUGUGAUCAAGGGUUUUUUUGGGGCCCAAGGGGAAAAAAAGGGGGGUAAAGGAAUUGGGAAAGGGGAAGAAAGGUACAAGAGUCCAACUCUGAUAAAGCAAGAUAAAGGGACACGAUGAAAAAUUUGGGAAUUAAAGGGGCUUCAUGUUAAAGGGUUUUUAAUCCAAAACAAGGGACUGCACGAAAAAAAAAAAUAGAAAGAGAUAAAAGAUCGAUGCAUAUCUGCUUGGUUUAAGGCGAAAAAUUUUAAGAAGAAUAAAAAAGUUUGGGGAAGAAAAACCCUAAAGAAGUGAAGAUACAAAGGAAAAACUGCUAAAAAAAAGAAUCCCCCAAAAAUUUGGAAAAAAAAAAAAAAAACAUUUGGGGCCAAAAAAAAGGGGAACACAUUUAAAAGAUGAUGCCAUUGAAAAUUUCAGGACAAACCGGGAAAGAUAACCCUUUUUGCAGAAAUCCCGUUUGGUCAGAUAUAUUGAGAAGUGCCUACUUUCAAGAUGGGGGCAUAUCCUUGGAUUUCAAAGUUGGAAAAAAAUUCCGGGGGGAAAACCCAGUGGGCCCAAUGGAACUUUAAGGAUUUUUGGCAAUCUUCUUGGGUUUCCCGGGGAGGGAAAAAAUUUUUUAAGAGAGGGAACAAUCAAUAUGGGGGGGGUUUCCCGGUAAAUGAUCCUAAAUUUGUUAGCUGCAAAAGAAAAUGGGCCCUGUGGAGACACGAAAGUUUUUUUCCCAACAAAUGUGCACUGGACAAACUGUUGGACCCAUAGGACAACAAAAAAAUCCGAGAGCUAUGUGUAAAAGAUUUCCCUCAAUUUGUGGAAAAAAUUUUUACGGAAAUACCCAAGAUGUGAGCCCAAAUAGAGCAAAAUUUUGGGCGAGCAAAACUCCCAAAAGGGGGGACUGCCCUCACAGUAAAAAGCAAACUGGCAGAGGGGGUUGGGAUUGGAAGGGGGGAAAAAAAGGUUGUCAUACAGAUCAUUUUACCCCCAUCAAUUUGGGAUCUGUAGGGGAAAAAGAACACAACCAGAAAAAAAAACGGGGCCCAAAAAAAAUUUCCAGAAAACUCAAUCAAAUACAACUGGGGGAGAAAAAAAACAAGGAGAAAAAACAGGUUUUGGGUUUUUUAUGCAGAAUCAAUUUUUCCCCAAAAUUUCAAAAAUCACUGCCCCCAGCUUAAAACCAAACCCCGGUCCAACCCCCCAAUUUCCCCGGGCCAACUAGGGGAAAACCAGUUCUUUCAUUCCACACCCCUUUUCUGGACAGACCCCGAAUUGGAGGGGGAAAGAGGACAAGAAGGUUUGGGAAAGGAAGGGGAAAAGGAAGAUUUAGAAUACUUCCGCAAUUUUCUUUAAGGGGGUUUUAAAAUUGUGGAAGGGGGGCCCACUUUCCCCUUGAGUGUAAGGGGCCGGGAAGGAAAUCCCCGGAGGGAAUUUCAGGGGGAAGAUCGGGGGGCCCAUAAAGAUAAUCUGGAGGACCGGUGAACCCUUAUGGGGUUUCCCGGAGCAAGGAUUCUAGGGGUUGCCCAUAAGAUCCAAAAAGGGGGGUGUCAGUGGGUACGUCAGGACCCCGGAAAAAAAUCCAAAAAUUUUAGGUGAAAAAUAAAAAAACGCCCCCCGGAGGUGAGGCGGAAGCCGGGUGCUUUUACCCGGUCCGGGUUUUUAAAAUGCUCCCCCCAUCUCCCUAUGUCCAAAUAAAAAAUUUAAAGGGCCCAAACGGGGUUUGAGGGAGUGAAACAGCGGGUUCUCUUACGGAACCAAUUGAGCUUGCUUUUAAAAAACAGAAAAUUACCAAAACCCCCACUGGGAAAAGAAAAAAACCCCCUUUGCAUUGUUGGGGGGAAAGAGAGGGUUGUGUAGAUUGAACCUUUUACAAUAAAAAGUGCCCACAGAGAUGGAUUCUUUUUCAGUAUUUUUGGGUUUGGGAAAACUCAGGGCGAUUUUUUGAAGGAGGCAAGAUUUUGGGGGAAAUUCAUUGUGGCAAAAAAAAGCCAGUUGCGAGGCUUUUCCAAAAAACCAUUUUUCCCUUGUACGCUCAAGUAUUUCAAGGGAAAGCUUUCCCAAUCAACCCAGAGGAAGGUUUUAGUCAUCAACCAAAGGAAAUUCAAAUCAGCUCAGUUGCAAAAAUUUUAGGACCCAAGGCGCAGCUAUGAAAAAUAAAAACAGAAAGAUUAAACGGGUUUAAAAAAUUUGAGAUUGGAAGAAAUGUGGCCCCAUGUGACCUUUUUGGUUUUUAGAAGGCUACGAGCCCGAAAACAAAUAGGAGAAAUGAUUACCCGAAGCUGAAAAUUUUUUUUGUAAAGAUGAAAGAAUUUGGCCCAUUUGGAGGGGUUUAAGAUCACGUUUCUCAAAAUCAUAUUUUUGGCUCAAGGGCAAGGAGCCACAACUGUUUCGGUGACACAUGAACUAUUUGCCCGGGGAAAAUGGAUUCGGACCCUAUGAAAAAAGGGGAGGGUUCAAACCAAAUUUCCCGAAAGUUUGGGGCUCACACAGACCGAUAUUGGACUUGGGGGAAACAGCCCCAAACCCGUGAAAGUUGAACUUCGAAUAGGGCCCGACCCGAAAGAUGGGAAGGGAAUCCAAGGGAAACGAAAAAACCCCAAAAAAUUUAAGGAUUUUGUUAUCGGUGGGAAUAAAAUUUUGGGCUGAUAUCAAAAAGUUAAAGCCCCAAGGGGAAAUGGUUUGGGUUUUUGAAAAGGGCCCGAAGAAUACCCAACCUUCGUCGCACAACUUUCUGAAAAUUUUGGGGCUAACAAAGCGUUUUUUUGUUUAGCAAAGGAAAGCGGUGGAAAAUAUAUGAUUUUACAUUUAAACACAUAGUUUAUUCAUUUGUUUGGAAACAGUGGGGGGGAAAAGGGCAGGGUUUUUUAAAAAAACGGAUGGUUUUCCAAUACAACACACAUACUAACUCACGGGAAAAAUCCCCCCCCAGUCCCGACCCCCUACUUUUUAUCCUUUUCCCCUCCGCUUUCCCCAAAACUACCACUCUGCCCCCAAAAGAUGGGAACCCGCCGCAACCUUCCUCUCUCUCUCCCCCACUUCUCCUCUUCCAUCCUAUCUCCUUUGCCCCCUGCCCCCAAUCCUUCUCCCCCAUCUCCCGAUUCUGCCUCCCCCCAAAACCCCCCUCUCCCCCUUUUUCAUCCCCCUUUUUUUUCUUGCCCCUAUCCUCCCCCCGGGUCGGUUCCCCCCCCCCCCAGCUUUGUGGGUUAGGGCUCCUUGUGAGCUCACAGAACCGAGCUCCGGGAGCUGAGGGGGAAAAAAAAAAAGGAAAAACUAGACCCCCCCUGCGGGCCCCGGGAUCUUUUCACUUCCCCCCCCCCUCUACAUUUUUUUAUUGUUUCCCGCUGCCUUUAAGGCCAAAUUUUUUACCACCCCUAAAUUUCCCGGGUCUGCCGUUUUAACCCUAAAAGGAAGGAAUUUAUUUGUGGGGAAAAAUUUAAAAAAAUUUAAAUGAACCCCGGAAAAAUAACCCCCCAACCCCCCCAAAAAAAACCACCAAACCCCCCCCCCCCCCCCCCCCCCCCCCCCCCCCCCCCCCCCCCCCCCCCCCCCCCCCCCCCCCCCCCAGAAAAAAUAAUAAAAAAUAAAAUAAAAUAUUAUUGCGCUAUUUAUAAUAUUCCUGAGUUUAAGCUGUUUGCUUAUUUCUUAGCGCGAAUGUGAACAUAGGUAUGUCUAAAAGGGUAUUGUAUGGUUAAAAUAACCCAGUGAGUGCAUAAAAGACUAAAUUCUUGUCUGUUUCUUUUGUUCUUCUGUGAUGUGAGAAACGAGAAGGAGGAGACAGAGAGAGAGGAGGUGCUGACCAGUGCGUCACGCGAUAGCGUGUGCUGCCCCGGAUCCAGUCCAAUUAAGGCCAGUCCUGUUCUAUCCACAAACUUACUUUCCCUUACAGGAUAUAAUAGAUACAUUGUGUAUGCAUAGAAUAUUUCAUGUUGUGACCAUUUAGCAGGGACUUGGCAACAGACUGAUCAAUUGAUGUAAUUGAGAAUUGCACUUUAGGGUUUUUGUGCAUGAGUUGUUUUGAUUAGAGUUGUGUUGGAAAUCCAGCACUGAGAUUAUUCUGUAAAAUUAAAGUGAUUGGGUGCUUAUUAAGCAAUUGGUUUGUGGGUGCUGUAGUGUUGCUGGAUUGCAGGUCUUUUGAUUGCUCUGAAGUUGACUACUUUCCUUUACUUUUCUUUAUCGGAUGUGGUAAGAUUGCCACUAAUCAAUAACUUGGUAGAAUAAAAAAUAAAUAAAUAAUAAUAAUUAAUUAAUACUAAAAAUAAAACAUACAAAAUAAAAAAAUAUUAAUUAAGAAAUGUAUAAUAAUAAUAAAAAUGAUGAUAAGCUACAUAGCUUAAAGUUUAUUGGGUUUACUAAUUAAUUGGUUUAAAAUAAUAAUAAUAAUAAAAUAAUUCACAAUAAAGGAAUAUAAAAGAGUUGUUACAAUGGGGAAAAAGGACAUCAAAACUAUGAAAGUAAUUACUCCUGUUGAUGUAGUACAAAAUAGUAAUCCUCUAGUUAAUGGUAUUGCAAGGUUAUCUGGGAAAUGGAAUAAACGUUGGCCUGACAUUGAACAACCAUGGCCAGUGGAAGGGACUCUUAACCCAGACGUCAUCAAGAUAAUGCAAGUGCUUGUGUCCACAUAUAAGGCAGAUCAAAAGAAGGGGAAAAAAGGGGAACAUAGUAAAGAAAAGAGACAAAGAGAGCUGGGGGUUCUUAAAUUGUUUGAAAAUGAGGGUCAAAAACUGAUAAAAGAUAAAAGAGACAGAGGUAUAGAGAAAAUGGCAAAAGAGGCAAAGGUAACAGAAAAACUAAUGGCAGAAGUCAAUACACCUUUCUCACAUACGGAUUCAGCAAAAAGACCCCCACCUUGCGAGAAAGAAGUAGAGUUUAAGGACGUCUAUCCUCAGCUUCCAGUGAUCAUUCAGGAGGGUGAUUAUUGCAUCAGAGACGAAGAUGAACGAAUAAUAGAGAGAGGACAAGCAGAAACGACCAUAAAGAUGAAUCCAAACUCCAAAAGUAAGAUGAAAAUGACAUGUCUGGAAACUAAGGGUAGAGUGAGGUUCAGGAGCAUGGAAUUUGAAGAUGAUGAUGAUGAUGAUCAGAGUGAUUCAGAAGUGAUCAUGGGUGGAUAUGACCCUGUGAUCAGACGGAGGUUGGCCAGAGCGGAAAGAAGGGGUGAUGGAAGUUGGAAGGAGAAGGAUACAAGAGAUCCGAACUCUGAUGAAAGUCAAGAUGAAGACAGCGAUGAAGAUUUGGAGAUUAAAGGUGCUUCAUGUUCAAGAGGAUUUUAUCCUACAAUGACUAGCACAGAAGAAAUAGAAAGAGAUAUAGAUCGAUGCAUAUCAUGCUUGGAUAAGGCGAAUAAUUUAGAAGAAGUAAGAAGAUUGGAAGAACAACUCAAGAAGCUGAAGAUACAGAAGGAAAAACUGCUGAAAAAAAGAAUCUCAAAAAUUGGAGAGGAAAAACAUAUUGAGGCCAAGAAAAGGGAACACAAGUAAGAAGAUGAUGCCAGUGAUAAUUCGAGGACAGAACCUGGAGUAUAAGCCUUUGCAGAAUACCGAUAUGUCAGAUAUACUUGAGAAGCUGCCUACUCUUCAAGAUGGAGCAUAUCCUUGGAUUUCAAAGUUGGAAGAAAUUACGGUGGGAACACAGUCGGCCAUAGGAGACAUUAAGAGACUUUUGGCUAAUCUUCUUGGGAUUCCAGGUAUGGAAGACAUUUUUCAGAGAGCUGGACAAUCAAUAUGUGGGGACUGCGGUGAAUGAUCCUGAAUUGUUAGCUGCAAGUAUAAAUCGGCUGUGGAGAGCACUGAAAGAUAUGUUUCCAACAAAUGUGCAUCUGGACAACAUUCUGAUUGACCCACUAGGACAACAAGAAAAUCCGAGAGCCUAUGUGUCAAGAGUUCAUCAAGUGUGGAGAAAUAUUACCGGAAAUGAUCCAGAUGUGAGUCAAAUAGAGCAGUCAAUUUUGCGAGCUAAACUGCAGAUGGGACUGCCCUCACCAGUAAGGAGCAAACUGGCAGAGGUGGUUGGACUUGGAAGCAUGACAAAAGGUGUCUAUACAGAUCAUAUAGCCCAUCAAGUGGAUCUGUACCGGAAAAAGGAACACAACCAGAAAGAACAGGACCAAGAAACUCUCAGAAAACUCAAUCAAAUACAACUGGUGGAGAAUAACAAGGAGAAGAAACAGGCUUUGGUUAUGCAGAAUCAAUGUUCACCAAAUCAACAAUCACUGCCACAGCUUCAACCGAACCAGGUCCAACCGCAAUUGUACCAGCCACCACUAGUGGGACCAGUUCUUUCAUAUCCACAGCCAUUUUCUGGACAGACACAGAAUUGGAGAGGAAGAGGACAAGAAGGCUUAGGAAGAGGAAGAGGAGGAAGAUUUAAGCCAUACUUCCAGCAAUCUUCAUAAGUGUGUUAUAAUUGUGGACAGGUUGGUCACUUUGCCCGUGAGUGUAAUGGGCCAGGAGGAAAUGCCAGAGGGAAUUUCAGAGGAAGAUACAGGGGCCAGUCAAGAUCAUCUGGAGGACCGGUGAACCCUUAUAGGGUCCCGGAGCAAGGAUUCUAGAGGUGCCCAUAAGAUCCGAAAGGGGGGUGUCAGCUGGUAGCGUCAGGACCGGAAAAAUAUCCAACAAUUGAGGUGAAAGUAAACAACCGACCAUUGGAGGUGAUGGCGGAUAGCGGAGCUGCUUUCACCUGUGUUCGGCUUGAAGAUGCUACACAUCUCCCUAUGUCCAAUCAACUAAUUAGGACAAUCGGAUUUGAGGGAGUGAAACAGCUGAUUCCUCUUACGGAACCAAUUGAGCUCUGCUAUAAAAAUCAGAAAAUUACAAUACCCACACUGGUAUCAGAACAUACACCUAUUGCAUUGUUGGGAAGAGAUGCAUUGUGUAGAUUGAACUGUACAAUAAAAAGUGCCGACAGAGAUGGAUUCUUCUUCAGUAUUUUGGAUUGGAAAUCUCAGUGCAGAUUUUUUGAAGCAGGCUAAGAUAUGGGAGAAAUUCAUUGUGGCAAACAUGCCAGUUGCGAGGCUUCCAGAAUAUCCAUUUCAUUGUACGCUCAAGUAUUUCAAGAAUGCUGCCCAAUCAAACCCAGAGGAAUGGUUGAGUCAUCAACCAAAGAAAGUUCAACUCAGCUCAUGUUGCAUAAUUUUAGGACCACAAGGAGCAGCUAUGAAGAUAAACACAGACGAUUAUCUGGAUAAAGAAUUUGAGAUUGAGAAGAGUGUGCCACAUGUGACCUUGUUGGUUUCAGAAGGCUACGAGCAGAAGCAAAUAGGAGAAAUGAUGACAGAAGCUGAGAAAGCUGUUUUUGUACCGAUGAAAGAGAAUUUGGCGAUUUGGAGGAGUGAAGAUCAGCGAUUUCUCAAAAUCAUGAUUUCGGCUCAAGGACAAGGACAGCCACAAGCUGUACGGAUGACACAUGAAUCUAUUUGCAGUGCGAAGAUGGAUUCAGACCCUAUGAAAGAGGAGAUGUUGCAACAAGUUCCAGAAUGUUUGUGGUCUCAACACAGUACCGAUAUUGGACUUGUGAAAUCAGCCCAACCAGUGAAAGUUGAACUUCGACUAGGAGCCAGACCUGAAAGAUGAAGCAAUCCAAGGGAUCGAACCACAAAUUGAAGGAUUUUGUUAUCGUGUGGGAGAUAAAUUGUGUGCUGACUAUGCAGUAGUUAAAGCCCAAGGAACUGGAUUUGUUGUUGAAAAGGCUGAAGUAAUACCACAGCCUGCGUCUGCACAACUUGCUGAACUUGUGGGGCUAACAGAAGCGUGUUUGUUAGCAGAAGGAAAGCGAGUGAUGAUAUAUACUGAUUUAGCAUAUGCACAUAGUGUAUGUCAUUUGUUUGGAGCAGUGUGGAAAGGUCGAGGGUUUAAGAAAACGGAUGGUUCUCCAAUACAACAUCAUGCAUACUAAUCUCACUGCAACUCCCCUCCAUGUCUCCGACCACUACUUUGUAUCCUUUUCUCUCUCGCUCUCCUCCAACACUACUCACUCUGCCCCUACACAGAUGGUAAUGCGCCGCCGCAACCUUCGCUCUCUCUCUCCCACUACUCUCUCCUCUUCCAUCCUAUCAUCUCUUCCCUCUGCUCAAUCCUUCUCCCUCCAAUCUCCUGAUUCUGCCUCCUCAACCCUCCUCUCCUCCCUUUCUGCAUCCUUUGACUCUCUAUGUCCCCUAUCCUCCCGGCCGGCUCGGUCCCCCCCUCCAGCUCCGUGGCUUGAUGACUCAUUGUGAGCUCACAGAACAGAGCUCCGGGCAGCUGAGCGGAAAUGGAAGAAAACUAGACUCCCUGCGGACCUGGCAUCUUUUCACUCCCUCCUCUCUACAUUUUCUUCAUCUGUUUCUGCUGCUAAGGCCACUUUCUACCACUCUAAAUUCCAAGCAUCUGCCUCUAACCCUAGGAAGCUCUUUGCCACAUUCUCCUCCCUGCUGAAUCCUCCCCCCCCCCCCCCCCCCCCCCCCCCCCCCCCCCUCCCUCUCUGUGGAUGACUUCGUCAACCACUUUGAAAAGAAGGUUGACGACAUCCGAUCCUCGUUUGUUAAGUCAAAUGACACUGCUGGUCCUGCUCACACUGCCCUACCCUAUGCUUUGACUUCUUUCUCCCCUCUCUCUCCAGAUAAAAUCUUGCGACUUGUGACUGCAGGCCGCCCAACAACCUGCCCGCUUGACCCUAUCCCCUCCUCUCUUCUCCAGACCAUCUCCGGUGACCUUCUCCCCUACCUCACCUCGCUGAUCAACUCAUCCUUGACCGCUGGCUAUGUCCCUUCCGUCUUCAAGAGAGCGAGAGUUGCACCCCUUCUCCAAAAAACCAACACUCGAUCCCUCUGAUGUCAACAACUACAGACCAGUGUCCCUUCUUUCUUUUCUUUCCAAAACUAUUGAGCGUGCCGUCUUUAGCCAACUCUCUUGCUAUCUCUCUCAGAAUGACCUUCUUGAUCCAAACCAGUCAGGUUUCAAGACUGGUCAUUCAACUGAGACUGCUCUUCUCUGUGUCACGGAGGCUCUCCGCACUGCUAAAGCUAACUCUCUCUCCUCUGCUCUUGUCCUUCUAGACCUGUCUGCUGCCUUUGAUACUGUGAACCAUCAGAUCCUCCUCUCCACCCUCUCCGAGCUGGGCAUCUCCGGCGCGGCUCACUCUUGGAUUGCGUCCUACCUGACCGGUCGCUCCUACCAAGUGGCGUGGCGAGAAGCUGUCUCCGCACCACGUGCUCUCACCACUGGUGUCCCCCAGGGCUCAGUUCUAGGCCCUCUCCUAUUCUCGCUAUACACCAAGUCACUUGGCUCUGUCAUAUCCUCACAUGGCCUCUCCUAUCAUUGCUACGCUGACGAUAAACAACUAAUCUUCUCCUUUCCCCCUUCUGAUAACCAGGUGGCGAAUCGCAUCUCUGCAUGUCUGGCAGACAUAUCAGUAUGGAUGACGGAUCACCACCUCAAGCUGAACCUUGGCAAGACGGAGCUGCUCUUCCUCCCGGGGAAGGACUGCCCGUUCCAUGAUCUCGCCAUCACGGUUGACAACUCCGUUGUGUCCUCCUCCCAGAGUGCGAAGAGCCUUGGCGUGACCCUGGACAACACCCUGUCGUUCUCCGCUAACAUCAAGGCGGUGACCCGAUCCUGUAGGUUCAUGCUCUACAACAUUCGGAGAGUACGACCCUGCCUUACACAGGAAGCGGCACAGGUCCUAAUCCAGGCACUUGUCAUCUCCCGUCUGGAUUACUGCAACUCGCUGUUGGUUGGGCUCCCUGCCUGUGCCAUUAAACCCCUACAACUCAUCCAGAAUUCCGCAGCCCGUCUGGUGUUCAACCUUCCCAAGUUCUCUCACGUCACCCCGCUCCUCCGCACACUCCACUGGCUUCCAGUUGAAGCUCGCAUCUGUUACAAGACCAUGGUGCUUGCCUAUGGAGCUGUGAGGGGAACGGCACCUCCGUACCUUCAGGCUCCGAUCAGUCCCUACACCCAAACGAGGGCAUUGCGUUCAUCCACCUCUGGCCUGCUGGCUCCCCUUCCUCUGCAGAAGCAUAGUUCCCGCUCAGCCCAGUCAAAACUGUUCGCUGCUCUGGCACCCCAAUGGUGGAACAAGCUCCCUCACGACGCCAGGACAGCGGAGUCACUCACCACCUUCCGGAGACAUUUGAAACCCCACCUCUUUAAGGAAUACCUGCGAUAGGAUAAAGUAAUCCUUCUACCCCCCCGCCCCCCCCCCCCCCCCCCCCCCCCCCCCCCAAAAAAAAUAGUAUGUGGUUAUCCCACUGGCUAUAAGGUGAAUGCACCAAUUUGUAAGUCGCUCUGGAUGAGAGCGUCUGCUAAAUGACGGAAAUGUAAAUGUAAUGAAGCCUAAAGAGAUAGCGAUAGCUAAGUGUGCAGCUCAUAAAACCGAUGUGUCAUAAGUCACACAAGGGAACAAAGCUGCUGAUGAAGCUGCAAAAGCCGUCACAGGAGCAGACAAAUUGGGCAAAGUUUUUCUGGUCACUCAUGGAGUGGACUUGGAAGACAAAAUUACGCUUAAGGAUGUGAUUUUGAUGUAGGAAGCUGCUUCUACGAUCGACAAACAGUUAUGGCUAGACCGAGGUGCCGUCAAAGAUGCUACUGGUCUUUGGAGAAACCAUGAGGGGUUGAUAGUAGCGCCUCUAGACCUAAUAGGUCUGAUGAUUCAGGAAGCACAUGGGUUAGCUCAUGUUGCAAGGGGGGAGGUUAGGAGAAAGAUCACAAAGGAGUAUGGUUUUUGGGCACCAUAUUUGCUUGAACAGGUUGACUAUGUCAUAGGCAGGUGCACAAUCUGUCUGAAAAAUAAUGUUCGCAGGGGUGUGACUGUUAUUCCUGGUUACAUUCCAACACCAAGAGGUGAAUAAUAUUUCCAACUAAGUGAAAAGAUGCUCAGUCGGUUGCUAAGUUUUAUAAACAGUCAUAAACAGUGGGGAUUUCCCAAUUUAAUAUCCUCAGAAAAUGGGAAAGAGUUUUGUGGAUAAAUCUGUGAAAUUGAUUUUUCAAAAACAAAUUGGGGGAAAAAGUCACACCAAAACGUUAGGAAAACUAGGGUUGAAGUAACUCUAGGAAAUUUUGAAUAUCUGAUUGUGUGAUAAUUUUUCACAUUUCUUUACAUAUUAUUGUGAUAUUUAGUGUUUUCUUAUGAAUCAAAGGGGGGAAAUGGAAUGUGAUUCAUUUAUAUAUAUCAUUUAUAUAUUAUUUUUGAUAUUGAUGUUUUAAUUUGCAUGUGUUGUUUUGCAACAGAUACUGGUUGGUGUUUUAUUUUCUUCCAGAAGUAUAUGGGGGUGUGUAGAGUGGGAUUCAAAUACUCAAACAUGGACAAUAUGAAUGGACUGGAGGAAGUGGAACAAGGAAUGUGUGGAAAUGUUCAGAUUCCAUCAUCAACGUUACAUUGAAAGUCGACACUGCUGAGGAGAUGCAGUGUAGUGGACCUACAUACCAGUGUUUGCAAUGAUAUAUAGACAUAUUUGCAUGGGUAAUACAUAAUUUGUGUCAUAUUCUUUCUGUAUUAAUUUUUUGAAGAAUGAUGUAGCUUAAAAUCAUAGCUUAAAAUGCAUUGAUAAAGAUGUAUAAAUUGAUCUGGAGUACUUAGGUGGUCGCCUGGGGCAGAGGGGCCAUGAGAGAAUUUUCCUGUCUUGAUUGAUUGAUGGAUAUUUGGAAUGUAAGCUGCCAGACAGGUUUUUCGCUCUUACACUCCAUAACAAUUUGUUUACACUCCACAAAAAUGUGUCUAUAUAAAAAUGUGUUUACUCUGCAUAAAUUUUGUUUUAUUGCUAAAGUUACUCAAGAAAAAUUGUUAUUUGUCAUAAUUCUAUUCUUUUUGUUUUCGAGACUUAAUUAGUCUCGAAGGGGGGAAAUAUGUAGUAUCUGAACAGGUUAUAAUUUUGGCUGACAUUUGCAAAUGGUCUAUUAGAUUAACUUUACUUUGCCUUGCUGAAACAUCUGGAAAGCAUUACUAUAGGGGCCCCCUGAAACAGAGGAUACUUGGAUAUGUGGAAGCCAGGAAUUGGUCUAUUCAAAACACCCAUAUUAUGUUACAUAGGAUAAAUACCAUGGUUGGAACAAAGGAUGGGGAGAAUAAUAAUUUUUAGAUUGGGUUAGUUGUUCUCCGGAUUUCUGCAGAAAUCUGUAAAUUGACACUGGAACCUUUGAUAUAAUAAACCUUUAUAAUCAAGUACAGUGUCAAGCGGAUUUCUUGUCUACACAGCAUAUCAGCAUCGUUGUCUCGACACCACAGGACCUUUAACAUCUCCUCAAGUCCUCAACCUCUUUGUAUCCAAGCGGUAUUGUCUGUGAGAGAAAGACGAAAACGCUUUUAGACAAUCAGAAGGGUCUAACUUAAGUUGCUUAAUUUUGGGGGGGGGGGGGGGGGGGGGGGGGGUUAUACUCAUCAUACUUAUUAAAAUAUAAAGCAUGACAACAUAAUUAUCUUUCAACAUAAUCACUUAUUUAGCUAUAGUCUUUCUUACAUCUAGCAACAGUUGGGCUGCGGACAUUACCUCUCUUUCCACCUGCUCGCUCCCCGCGCCGAAUAGAGUUGCUCAUCAUUGCUUUAUUGGCUGACGGUCUGUCGGUGUUUCCAACACUGUACCCUGAAAUGUCGAAGAUGGAGGGUACUGCAUCCGGCUUCAGGUUAUGGGUCUUCACCUCAAUUAUCAUCCCAGAAGCAUUGAAAUGUUUUCUAUAUGCAUUUCUGAAUGUUUGAAGUGGGUACUGCAAACCCUGAGUACGGGCACAACAGGUGGGCUUUGGCACUUCAUAGCCACAAACCAUUGUCGCAACACUGAUUGUCGCUUGAGUGGUAGGGCAUUUAUUUAUUUAGACUUUAUUUUAUGCGGGAGUCAUACUGAGACCAAGGUCUCUUUUACAGAUGAGCCUUGAAUUACAUAAAUUACAGAAAAUACACAUAUCAAUAUCAAGUAGAAAGAACAACAUGGUCAUAAAAACAAACGCAUUCAUCAGUAAUAAGGUCCUCAAUCAGCCUUCUGAAUUGCCCUAGAGCCACCAAAACAUCAAAUUUAAGAACAUUUUGAAGAUUGUUCCACAAAUAAGGUGCAAGAAAACAAAAGGCUGAUUUACCUCACUCAGUAGAGACCAAAGGAAUUUCCAGAGUUAACCAUCCCUGAGACCGGGUGUGGUAACUCGUAUGUCUAAAGUGUAAUAAAGAUGUUAGGUACUGUGGGAUUUUUUGUAAAAGGGCUUUAUAAAUGAAAACAUUGCAAUGUAUCAAAGUGACAUCAAAGAGGGCCAACCAACUUUCUGGUAGAGAAUUCAGUGAUGAGUGCUAAAAUUGUCACCCGUAAUAAAACGCAGUGCACUAUGAUAAGCUGCAUCUAACGGCUUUAAUGAAGUGGCAGUUGCAUUCAUAUAGAUGAUGUUGCUAUAGUCUAGGACCGAUAGGAACGUCGACUGAAUAUUCUGCUUUCUACUAUUUAGCGAGAGGCAGGACCUAUUUCUAUAGAAGAAGCCCAUUUUUAUUCUCAGAUUGUUAACUAACUCAUCAAUAUGCUUUUUUCAAAAGACAGCUUUUCAUCUAUCCAGAUGCCCAGAUAUUUGUAAGCAGGGACACGAUCAAUGUACCAUCAAAAGUACAUAUGCUUAAAUCAUUAGAGUUAUUUUUAUGUCCUCUAGAGAACAACAUAUACUUAGUUUUACCUGCAUUCAAUACUAAUUUCAGGUCAAGAAAGUUUUUCUGUAAUACAAUAAAGGCAGACUGUAGAUAGAGCCUGGUCAACCGUGGGGGCAAUAGCAUAUGCAACAGUAUCAUCGGCAUACAAGUGCAGGUUACAGUUUUCUACAGACAAGUCGAUAUUGUUAAUGUAAACAGUAAAAAGUACAGAACCCAGAAUCAACACCUGCGGGAACCCUUUAGUAAUAUCCAGGAAACCUGAUUUAAUACCAUCAAUAGAUUCACAUUGAGUAUCUGUCAAGUAAUUUUUAAACCAGUUACAUGCAGCCUGGUCUAGGCCAAUUGAGGAAAGCUUCUGAAUUAGCAGUGAGUGAUCAACAGUAUUGAAAGCCUUUGACAGGUCAAUGAAGAGGGCAGCACAGUGUUGCCUUUUAUCCUUACAGUUAACCACAUAAUUUAUAACUACGGAUGCAGCAGAGAUAGUGCUAUGACCUGGUCUAAAACCCGACUGAUGUACAUUUAAAAUACAUUUCAAAGAUAAGAAAGAUCUUAGCUGAGAAUUAAUCACGGAUUGUAAUAUUAUAGCUAGGCAAGAAAGUUUAGAAAUGGGGUGAUAAUUAUUUAGGUCACAAGGGUUACCACCUUUGUGAAGGGGGAGUACAUGGGCCGCCUUCCAAACCUUGGGGCUAUUGACGAUGGAGGGUACUGCAGAUAUAAUCGUCAGGUUAAAAAUAUGGGUUAAUGAUUCAGCAAUCAGGGGGGCAGAAAUGGAUCAAGCAUAUCAGCCACAGUGGACUUUUUUGCAUCAAUCUUAAGGAAGGCAUCUAGCACAUCACAGAUAGUAAAUUGUUGAAAUGAAAACAAAGACUAACUAGAAGUUCACGGGUUAACCGUUAAGUCAGCUAGAGGCUGGCAGAGGGAAGAGCAGUCGAUUGACUGACCAGGAUCAAUUAAACCACAGUUUCUCUCAAAUAAAAAGCCUGCCGAGAUAAAAUUCCAUUCUUCUCAGUUAUGAUGCCAGACAGCACUUGCUUAGGCAGGGAAGAAGAGGAAUUUGUAUGCUUCAGUGAAUUUACUGUUUUCCUCAAUUUAGAAGGCUCACCAGCAGAGUCAGAAAUUGAGCUUAAAAAGUAGCAUGAUUUAGCUUUCUUAAUCAAUAUAGUACAUCUGUUUCUCAAUUGUCUGAAAGAUUGCCAGUCCACCACAGAGUCAGUUUUCCUUGCUUUGGCCCAGGCCAGAUUUCUCAUCUGAAUGAGCUCAGAUAGCUCAGAAGAAAACCAAGGGUUAGAUCUAUCUUUGACUCUGAACUGUUUAAAAAGGGGCAUGUUUAUCUGCCAGAGGAAUACAUAUGGAGGAGAAAUGUUCUAAAGCCAACUCAGGAUCAGGAUUACAGGCGAUAGUGGCUAAAUCAGAUUAGAACAUGUCAUGUAAAAACCCUUGUGGAAAAAACUUUUAAAAAUGAAUCUUCUUAAUUAAACAAGGAUUAGUAUUUUGCUGUUUCGUAUCUCUAAUACAUACUAUGGGACAAUGAUCACUGAGAUCAUAUGCAAAUACUCCACUAGACAAAUAUUUAUGGGGUUAUUAGUAAGAAUGAACUCAAUCAAUGAGGAGUUAACAGGGUUUUUCACAUUUAGUCAUGUGGGUUUUGAGAUCAAUUGAGUCAGAUUAAAAACCAUACAUAUACUCUUAAAUUGACAAAAAAGUGUUAAACACUCUGAUAUAGCAUCUGCCACGGUAGUGGACUCCUUCUGUUCUAUAAAAUUAAUUACUACAGCCUGGGGAUAUACAGUAAGCCUCGUUUACGCCUCUUUUUUUGCUGUUUCUAUCGAAGCCAUUUUGAGCUAGCUGCUAUCUAGAGAAGCUGUCAGCGAGACAUGACCACACUGUCACAGCUAGCUGUACGGUUGGAAAAUUUCAAACUCUGUUAUGCACAUACGCUGUAUAAGCCUUAAACCUGUAAAUUUCCACUGUCUGUUUCUGUCAUGUAAGAAGAAGCUAGUGUUCUUCCACUCUUGUCUUUGUGUAACUUAGUCACGUGCCCAAAGACAAAGGGCCGUCUGAGAGUGACCACCGUUUUUGGUCCAUCCUGUUCUUUUCGUAUCAUUCAAGGGCACAGUUGUGUGGAGAUAUGAAGAAAACAGAGGCUAACUUGAGCAGCAGCAGCUAGAUAGUAACAAAACUGGCGUUAUCACUUGUUUGUACGCUAUGUUCCCACCAGGCUCUCACACAUCUGCUAAACUGCCACGUAGACAAAGGUUAUAAAAGCUGAGACCCAACUCUUGUUCGUUGGGUUCUUAACUCUGCACCAUUGAGUGAAUUGUUAACUGCUCCAGAAUUGCAAUUCUUAUAAUAAAGUUGUUUGAAGAAUCUACAGUCUCUCUCUUCCUUUCUGGUUAGAAUUUCCACGACAGCUGUCAGUGAGAAGUGACCAUGCAGAUGACAUUUCCAAAGUUUUUAUUUACAUACUGGAUGCAAGUUUUUGCAAUUUUAGGGGUUCGGACAUGCUUGGUGAUCGUAUUAGGUUUUAAGUUUUAAAAGUCCAGUAAGGUGGUGCAUUCCGUGAAGAGCUAAAAUAGGCUACAAAAACACACAAAAAGACGAGCGCAUCGGUCUGGACCUGUUCAGGCCGUCAGUCGAUACACUCAAGUAAAUAAAAUAUAAAAUAGCCUAUAUAAUGAUGAUAGAAUAGCUCAUAGACUAGUUUAACUACUCGCUCCACUACUUGCUCCAACCACAACUUUCUACAAUGUUGUCAAAGUAGACAUUAAUUGUCGGACACUCAUAAUGUUGUUGUUUUUCCUCACAGCUCUUCCUCUUCAACUAGUAUCCCUUCGUACAGAAGUUCAUUCAGCCUUCAAAAAGUAUUCACAACCCUUGACCUUUUCCACAUUUUGUUGUGUUACAGUCUGAAUUUAAAAUGGAUUAAAUUGAGAUUUGUUGUCACUGGCCUACACACAAUACCCCAUAAUAUCAAAGUGGAAUUCUAUUUUUCAAAUAAUAUAAUUUUACAAAUUAAUUAAAAAUGAAAAGCUGAAAUGUCUUGAGUCAAUAAGUAUUCAACUCCUUUAGGCAAGCCUAAAUGAGUUCAGGAGUAAAAAUGUGCUUAACAAGUCACAUAAUAAGUUGCAUGGACUCACUCUGUGUGCAAUAAUAGUGUUUAACAUGAUUUUUGAAUGAUUACCUCAUCUCUCUACCCCACACAUACAAUUAUCUGUAAGGUCCCUCAGUCGAGCAGUGAAUUUCAAACACAUAUUCAACCACAAAGACCAGAGAGGUUUCCAAUGCCUCGCAAAUAAGGUCACCUACUGGUACAUGGGUAAAAAAUAAAUAAAGGUGACAUUUGAUAUCCCUUUGAGCAUGGUGAAGUUAUUAAUUACAUUUGGAUAGUGUAUCAAUGCACCCAGUCACUACAAAGAUACAGGCGUCCUUCCUAACUCAGUUGCCGGAGAUGAAGGAAACCGCUCAGGAAUUUCACCAUGAGGCCAAUGGUGACUUUAAAACAAUUACAGAGUUUAACCUCUUAAGGAUCGGACCCUUUUUUUCAAUUUUUUGCCUAAAAUGACAUACCCAAAUCUAACUGCCUGUAGCUGUCACGCCCUGACUCAGGGGACUCGUAUAUGUUGAGUCAGGGUGUGUAGUUUCUAUGUUGUGUAUUUCUAUGUUGUAGUUCUAGUAUGUCUAGAUCUAUGUUGGCCAGUGUGGUUCCCAAUCAGAGGCAGCUGUAGCUCAUUGUCUCUGAUUGGGGACCAUACUUAGGCAGCCUAUUGGCACUAUUGAGUUGUGGGAUCUUGUUCCGUGUAGGUAUGUUUUGUGUUCUACCUUGGACUUCACGUUUCGUUUGUUUAUUGUUUUGUCGGUUGUUUAUUCAUUAAAAUAAACAUGUACGCAUAUCACGCUGCGCCUUGGUCCGUCCCGUUCAUCAACGAUCGUGACAGAAGAUCCCACCAAACGAAGACCAAGCAGCGUGCCCAGGAAGAACGAAUUGCCAUGUCACAGGUGGGCAAAUUGUGGUCAUGGGAGGAGAUAUUCGCGGGGAAAUGGCCAUGGGCGAAGGUAGAUGCCCAGGCAGGAGAGGAGCAACGGCAACACAGAGGACGCCGGUCGAGGACGAAGCCCGAGAGACAGCCCCAAUAUUUUUUUUGGGGGGGGCUAAAGGGGUGGUCGGGGUGGUCGGGGAGCAAGAGAGAAGAGCCCCAACCACUGCACCCAGUUGGUUUUCAGAUUGGGUCCCUACGACCAUGGGAAGAGGAGUGGGAACAGUAUUAUACUGAGGAGUCGGAGGAUGACGACGACGACUAGGUUCUGUUCCCUAACUCGUGGGGGCUCCCGGAGGAGUCCUCACGGGAAGAGGAGUGCCGACGACGGAGACCCAAGAGGCAACCCCAAUAACAUUUUUGGGGGGGCACACGGGGUGGAUGACGAGGCUACAGGAGGCUAAAAGGGAGAAGGAGAGUGUAGAGGCACGGCGAGAGGAGCUGGUUAGGCAAAAGAAGGAGCGGGGGUUAAUAAAGGAACCCAGUCCCGCUCCUCGCACCAAGCAAGUGGUGCGUGUCGCCAGUCCGGUCCGGCCCGUUCCUGCUCCCCGCACUAAGCCAGUGGUGCGCGUCGCCUGCCCGGUCCGGCCUGUUCCUGUCCCUCGCACCAAGCCAGUGGUGCGCGUCGCCAGCCUGGCCCGGCCUGUUCCUGUCCCUCGCACCAAGCCAGUGGUGCGCGUCGCCAGCCUGGCCCGGCCUGUUCCUGCCCCUCGCACCAAGCCAGUGGUGCGCGUCGCCAGCCCGGCCCGGCCUGUUCCUGCCCCUCGCACCAAGCCAGUGGUGCGUGUGUCCAGUCCGGCACGGCCUGUGCCUGUUCCACCGGUGCCUGAGCAGUCCGCUCCACCGGGGUCCAGUCCAGAUCCGGUCAGCGGCUCCACUCCGGAGCCAGAGCAGUCCGCUCCACCGGUGCCCAGUCCAGCUCCGGUCAGCGGCUCCAGUCUGGAGCCUGAGCAGUCCGCUCCACCGGUGCCCGGUCCAGCUCCGGUCAGCGGCUCCAGUCCAGACCCAGACGUCAGCCACUCUCCAGGUUCGGGGUCUCCCACACCAGGGUCCAGACAGGGCUUGGAGUAUAGUGGAAGGAAGGAGAGGGGAAGCAACGCGCCGAGGUCUAGACCAGACCAGGGAGGCGAAGAGUGAGAGGUCGUCACGCCCUGAGCCGGAUCCGCCUCCGAGGUGGAAUGCCCACCCGGCCCCUACCCUGUUAUGUUUAUGUUGUGCGGUCGGAGUCCGCACCUUUGGGGGGGGGGGAUACUGUCACGCCCUGACUCUGGGGACUCUUAUUUGUUGAGUCAGGGUGUGAUUUUCUAUGUUGUAUUUUCUAUGUUUGGAUCUAGUAUGUUCUAGAUCUAUGUUGGCCGGUGUGGUUCCCAAUCAGAGGCAGCUGUCGCUCGUUGUCUCUGAUUGGGGACCAUACUUAGGCAGCCUAUUGGCACUAGUGGGUUGUGGGAUCUUGUUCCGUUAAAGGUAUGUUGUUUGUGUCUAUCUUGGACGUUUCGUUUAUUGUUUUGUUGAGUGUUAUUUAAGUUUAAAUAAACAUGUAUGCAUAUCACGCUGCGCCUUGGUCCGUCCCGUCUAUGAACGAACGUGACAUACAGUAUAAACAUGUCGUAUUAAACAGCUUAUUAACACUCCAAAUAGGUCAGGAGCCAGACAGGUAGUCUAAGAAGGAAAAUGAAUUAUUUAGGCUAUAUUAUUAUUAGCCUAUUUUUUCAAGGCUAUAGCCUAUUAAGAAAUAAAUUGUGAAGCAUUUGCAAGUGCGACACACUAGGCUGGCACGAACAUUAAUGUCACGACUAUACCCUCCUGCGCCUGACUCCUUCUAAUCACACUCAUCACAAUGAAGUGCUCAACAUUUAAAUAACAUUUUGUUUUAUUAAAUCAUUAUAGUCUAUAAAUUGAGCAUAUAGGCUGUGACUUACUUAGAAUUAAAUAAAAAUGUAAGUGCCUUCAAAUUCACUUUUAGAAACAUGAGUUUGGCCAGAGUCUGUGGGUUCAGGCUCAUGCUAUGGUGCCUGGAGAGCAGGCCAGCAGCGGAGAAUACCCUCUCCGCACUUGCAGAGUCACUGGGGAUGCUAAACACCCUUCGGGAUACUCUUGCCAGGCUGGGCAGGGAUGUGAUUAUUAUUAUUUUCUAUAGGUAGGCCUAAAGGUUUUUAGGCAAAAUAACCCUAUCAAAACGUAAAGCUCCUUGAAAGAGGUAAUAUGUCAGGCCUAUUGGGCCAAAAUCAAUAAUAGCCUAUUGUAUAAAUAAUAGAAUGAAAAUGAACUGAACUUUUUAGAUGUUUUUGUUUAUAAAUACUUUGCUACAAUGACACACUUAGCUAGCUAACCACCUUGUUCUUUUCUGUUAGCUUGCGGGAUACGUGUCUAUUGACUAUUGCUCUUGGUUCUCCUCAUCUUUGUAAGUCACCUUGAUUUUGCACAUGUGAGUUUUAUCAGUUUAUUUAUGAAAAUAUUUAGCGAACUCCAUGACAGUAGCUAAAGCAAGGGGCUAUAGCAGCACACAAGUAGCCUACAAAUGCAUGCUAGGCCGGGCAUGCCCUGAGAUCUUGAAGUGAGCAGUACUGGGGCGAAAUUGGAGUGGGUGAGAAGGCUGCGCUUGGGCCUUUUGGAAACUCGCUCUGCUCCAGCUCCACCCCACUCACAUAAUGUGCUCUCUCUGCCCCAUGGCAAAAUGUAUAGAAUUGUUGGAUUUUGUCCCUUGUUAUAUGCCAGCACAUAUGCUAGAUUCCUCCUCUUCUGUGUAGAAGUCCUGCCAGGUUUGAAGUACUGUUAAAUGUCAUGUAGGCUGUGCUAACUGCUAACUAAACCAUGCUGUUGUUUACUAGGGGCGACCCACAGAGUUGUCCACAGAGGCUAAGACCCAGGACUAUGGAGAGAUGGAGGCUAAGGACUACAUCCCUGGAGCAGAGGUUCUGGAGGUGGAAGAGAAAGAGGAGGGAGAAGAGGUGGAUGAUGGUAAAGACUGGAUGUAUAAUCCUCAUUGUGUGGGAUUAUAGCACUGCAAACUUGUUUGGAUUACAUUUCUGCUGCAAGGACUCUCAUUUGGAUUUAACAAGGACAGGAUUUCAGAAAUGUACUAGACGAUGUACAUUUAUGCUAGUAUGUUCUGUUUGAAAAUAGACUAGUUUAAAUAGUUUAAAAUAUUGAUUAUUUGGUCAAAAGAUAAAACAGUACAUCAUAUAACAUUAUUACACCACUACAUAUCUACAAUACAAAAUGUACAAUACAAAAUGUAUAAUACCACCAUACAACAAUAUUACAAUGUAUGUGUGUGUCUGUACCUUUGUGUGUGUCUCUUCACGGUCCCCGCUGUUCCAUCAGUUACCUCUUUUUAGUUACCUGAUGUGGAAUAGAGUUCCAUGUAGUGACGAUGAUGAAGACGGAGAAUGGAUCGAUGUUCACCACUCCUCUGAUGAAGACACCACAGAAAUGGUAAGAUUCUGAACCAGACAUGUCCAAUAAGAAAUAUUAAGUUAUUUUUAAAAAACGUUUUAAUACGUUUUGCGCUAAUGGUGAAUAAGGCAUUCUGAUUGGUGAAUAAGGCAUUCUGAUUGGCGAAUAAAGUAUUCUAAUUGGUGAAUAAGGGAUUCUGAUUGGCCUGUGUGUGUGUCUUCCCCUCCAGGCUGAGAAGCUCAAGAGAAUGGCUCCAGAGGAGAGGAUGGCCAAGGCAGCAGCGGUCAGCUCCAGUCGACUCCUCACUCAGGACGACUUCAAAAAGAUCUGUCUGGCUCAGAUGGCUAAGGAGGUCAACUCUGCCCCUGGUAAAGGACAGAAGAGGAUGGUCGUUGACGAUGAUGAUGGUGAAUGGUAAAUUGUUGUUUUUUACCACGGAUUAAUAGAUUUCAAAAUGGGGUUGUUAUAAUGUUUAUUGUGGUUAUACAGUUGAAGUCGGAUGUUUACAUACACUUAGGUUGGAGUCGUUAAAACUUGUUUUUCAACCACUCCACAAAUUUCUUGUUAACAAACUAUAGUUUUGGCAAGUUGGUUAGGACAUCUACUUUGUGCAUGACACAAGUAAUUUUUCCAACAAUUGUUUACCAGAUUAUUUCACUUAUAAUUCACUGUAUCACAAUUCCAGUGGGUCAGAAGUUUACAUACACUAAAUUGACUGUGCUUUUAAACAGCUUGGAAAAUUCCAGAAAAUUAUGUCAUGGCUUUAGAAGCUUCUGAUAAGCUAAUUGACAUCAAAAUGUAGUUUAAAUGUAUUUGGCAAAGGCGUAUGUAAACCUCCGACUUCAAAUGUAGGUUUUGCCUGAUGGGAAUAUCCUAUUUAAAACACAUUUAGUGUGAUUAACAAUUUCCAACAGUAUGCACAUGUGAUCUGUGUUUAGCUGCCAUUGAUAUGUAAUACAGUAUGUAUCACGACUCAGGAUAUGACCCAGAUGCAGACACAGGAGGCGGAUAGUACAGUUCUCAAUGAUAAUUUAUUAGAACACGGGGCAGGCAAAGGGCAGGUCAAGGACAGGCAGAGGUUCGUAAUCAGGUCAGAGUCAGGCAGGUACAGGACGGCAGGCAGGCUCGGGGUCAGGGCAGGCAGAAUGGUCAGAACCGGGAAAACAUGGAAAUAAACACUUGAGAAACAGGAAAACAGCAAACCAUGCUGGUAAGACCUGACAAGACAAGACGAACUGGCAACAGACAAACAGAGAACACAGGUAUAAAUGCACUGGGUAUAAUGGGGAAGAUGGGGGACACCUGGAGGGGGUUGGAGACAAUCACAAAGACUGAUGAAACAGAUCAGGUUGUGACCGUAUGUGUGUACAUCUUAACUAAUAACAUGCCUAACCGUUUUCAGAGGGGAAAUCCUUACCUUGAGAGACAUUGAAAAGCUGCACUAGAAACCCAAGGCAGACAAGGAAUCACGAUUAGCAACUGCACAGGUGAGAAUCUCAUCCCAAUCAAUCCCAACCAAUCAAUCUCUGAAUUCUAGGAAAUGGUUAGCCUCAGUUCGAGUCUUCAGCCGAAUGAUGAACAAGACUUGGGAGUAUGGUCAUGCAAAACUAGGGAAGUGUUGUCUCAUGCGAGUGUUGGUUUGGUUUUGAUCAAAUGCUGGCCGGUCAGAGAGGAAGGACUUUGUGAGGAAGAGGAAGGAGAAGCUUAACCCAUUCGCCUCCUCCAGCAACAAGAAGAGGAACAAGAACUUGAUGAGACAAUUGCAGCAUAAUUGU